GAAUGUAAACACGGGACCCGAGUAUCAGGUUUACCGGGGAUCGGGUUGACCGGGACGAGCGCCGGGAGCCGGAGAAAAAAGCGGAGACGAGGCGACUGGGUGUCGGAAUUGGGAAUGGCUUCCUUUGGAUGGAAGAGAAAAAUUGGUGAGAAGGUCUCAAAGGUAACUUCCCAGCAGUUUGAAGCUGAAGCUGCUGAUGAGAAGGAUGUAGGUGAGAAUGAUGAAGGCAGCUGGCUUCAUGCCGUUAAACGGAGAAAAGAAAUUCUCCUUGAAGACUGUGCUGAGAAAAGCAAACAGCUAAAGGAUGAAGGAGCAAAUCUGGCUGAAAAUAAAAGAUAUCGAGAAGCAAUUCAGAAAUGGGAUGAAGCACUACAGUUAACCCCAAAUGAUGCUACCCUAUAUGAGAUGAAGUCACAGGUCCUCAUGUCUCUUCAUGAAAUGUUCCCAGCAGUUCAUGCUGCGGAAAUGGCUGUCCAGAGAAAUCCACAUUCAUGGGAGUCUUGGCAAACUUUGGGACGUGCUCAGCUUGGAUUGGGAGAGAUAGUUUUGGCAAUUCGAAGUUUUCAGGUAGCCCUUCAUAUCUAUCCAAUGAACCCUGAAAUAUGGAAAGAAGACCUUUCUUGGGCAAGAACACUCCAGGAGCAACAGAAAGUAGCACAGAGGAGUAAGAAGAGUGAAGCAGCAGUGGAAACAACACAUUUAUCAUCGAAGUCAAUUCCCGAUUAUGACUUUGAAAGUGAUGAGAUUGUUGCUGUAUGUGCUGCUAUUGCGGAAGAGCAGAAAACAGUUGCUGCAAAUAAGACAAUGGUUAUUGUAUCAGCUUCUGGGACUGUGGAGACUGUAACUGAGAAGGAAGAUGGGGCUGCCCCACCAGAUGGCUCUGUUUUUAUCAAAGCCCGAUGAAGCAUUGCAGGAAUUAUAUGGAUUCGUCUUUUGACUGCCUCAUAAAGACAGGAAUAGGGACAUUUUUUUCUGGAGAAAUAGACCACAUCUCCUGUUUGUAAAAUAAGUUUUUCAGAUGAGGCAUAUUAAAAAUUAAGUGGUAGAGU